CAAGACGGGCAUACUGGGGCCAUGGAGCUCAGCCUGCUUCUUCUUCUUGCUCUGCUCACAGGACUCUUGCUUCUCCUGGCCAGAGGCCGCCUGAAAGCCCAUCACCCCCUCCCGCCAGGCCCCCACCCUCUGUCCUUCCUGGGGAACCUUCUGCAGAUGGACAGAGGAGGCCUGCCCAAAUCCUUCCUGAGGCUCCGAGAGAGAUACGGGGAUGUAUUCACGGUGUACCUGGGGCCAAGGCCAGUGGUCAUGAUAUGCGGGACAGAGGCCAUCCGGGAGGCCCUGGUGGACCAGGCUGAGGCCUUCUCUGGCCGAGGGAAAAUCGCUGUGUUGGAGCCAAUCUUCCAGGGAUAUGGCGUGAUCUUUUCCAACGGGGAACGUUGGAAGACCCUUCGGCGCUUCUCUCUGGCCACCAUGAGGGACUUCGGCCUGGGAAAACGGAGCGUGGAGGAGCGGAUUCAGGAGGAGGCCCAGUGUCUGGUGGAGGAGCUGCGGAAAUCCCAGGGAGCCCUCCAGGACCCCACCUACUACUUCCACUCCAGCACUGCCAACAUCAUCUGCUCCAUUGACUUUGGAAAACGCUUCGCCUACAGAGAUCCCGAGUUCCUGCAGCUGCUGGACUUACUGUUCCAGACCUUUUUGCUCAUCAGCUCCUUUUCCAGCCAGCUGUUCGAGCUCUACUCCGCCUUCUUGAAGUACUUUCCAGGCUCACACAGGCAAAUCUACAAAAACCUGCAGCAAGUCAAUGCCUUCAUUGGCCGCAGUGUGGAGAAGCACCGUGAAACCCUGGACCCCAGCGACCCCCGGGACCUCAUCGACAGCUACCUGCUCCGCAUGGACAAAGAGAAGUCCAACCCCAACAGCGAGUUCCACGAGCAGAACCUCAUCCUCACUGUCCUUUCGCUCUUCUUUGCCGGCACCGAGACCACCAGCACCACUCUCCGCUAUGGAUUCCUGCUCAUGCUCAAGUACCCCCACAUCACAGAGAGAAUCCACAAGGAGAUCGACCGGGUGAUUGGUUCUCAUCGACCUCCAGCCUUGGACGACAGAGCCAAGAUGCCAUACAUGGAUGCGGUCAUUCAUGAGAUGCAGAGAUUUGGGGACCUCAUCCCCAUGGGUGUUCCCCACACGGUCACUAAAGACACUCACUUCCGAGGGUACCUCCUCCCCAAGGGCACAGAAGUCUAUCCCAUCCUGACCUCUGCUCUCCAUGACCCACGUUACUUUGAAAACCCAGAGGCCUUCAACCCUGACCACUUUCUGGAUGCCACUGGGGCCCUGAAGAAAAAUGACGCUUUUAUGCCCUUCUCCAUAGGCAAGCGCAUUUGUCUUGGGGAAGGCCUGGCCCGCACCGAAUUAUUCCUCUUCUUCACCACCAUCCUCCAGAACUUCUCCGUGGCCAGCCCCGUGGCUCCGGAGGACAUCGACCUGACACCCCAGGCUGUUGGGGUGGGCACAGUGCCCCCGCCCUACCAGAUCCAGUUCCUGCCCCGCCAAAGAGGCUGAGGGAAGGGGGUCCAGGGAUUCCAGGGUCAUGCGCGUCCCCACCUCUGUGGAGAAGGGCCCCUUGCCCCGCUGCCUCUCUCCCGCCUCUGAGAGACGUGCUGGACACCUGCCUCUUUCCCUUGCUCACAUGCCUCCCUCGUAGGAAUGUCCUGUCUGCAGCCUAACCUCCUUCCGUCCUUCCGCAGCUCUUCUGAAGCCUCACAGAGGUCUAUUCCUUUCCCCUGUUAACAGAAUUCCAAAAGGGGUGUAUGUGUAGAACGUGGAGCUAAGGAGUUCCCUGAUGGCUCGGCAGUUAAGGACCCGGCUUGUUCACGGAUGUGGCACAAGUCCAAUCCCCGGCCCAUGCCAUCCGUGUGGUCCAAAAAUAAAGGAAAGGGAAGAAACUGAGGCUAAAAGGGGAAACUUAGCUCAGGCUCUUUCUGCAGCUCUGCCUCCCAGGCCACAGCUCUCCCCGAGUGACUUGUCCCUUUCUCAGAACAGCCCCAGGGUCCUUUUCUCAACUCCUUGGGCUCCAUGAUCUGGGCAUACAUGAUGUCCCUUGGGUCUUCUCCCCAAAGGCCCACGGGGUGGGGACAGUGAUCAUGCCCAUCUUGCAGAUGAGUAAACAGAGCCCGAGAAAUGGCCAGAGAUGACCACGGUCACAGGCUUAGUGAGGACAGAAGCAGUGCCCAUGCUGUCUCCUCGGCUCUCGAAGGCAAAGCCCUACGGCUCCUUCCCGCCACCCACCCCAGCCUAUAUUUUGAAAUUAAGGUGAAAUUCCCAUGGGAUCACGAACCAUUUUAGAUGUGUCAUGUCGUGGCAUUCAGUCCCUGCAUAUGAUGGGCCAUCGCCGUCUCCCUCUAGACCCAAACAUGCUCAUCAGCCAGAAGGAAACCCCAGACCCAUGAGCAGUCACUCCCCAUCCUCCCUCCCCCAGCCCCUGGCCACACCAAACCCUUUCCUUCUCUGUGGAUUUGCCGAUUCCGCCCUUUUCACCUCAAUGGAGCGUACAGUGUGUGGUGGUUGCUGUCUGGCUUCUUUUGCGUCUCGUGAGGGUUUGGAGGCUCAUCUAUGUGGUCCACAGCCCAGUCCUCCCUCAUCCUCAUCUGACUCCCCCCACUUCCUCCCUCGAUGAUGGGCCCUCAGCCCACCACCCCUGGGCAGUGUGCCUCUACCCUGAGCCCUUGGAGUCCCUGAUGUUCCCCUCCUGGUGUCCCAACUCAAAUAAACAUCUGAGACCUCGCCUCCAGGGGUCAGGCUGUGA